UUGCACGCGACCCCAAGCAAACCACCGGUCAGACCAUGUGUUUCACAUGGACGAAAUCCAGACCAAGGACGACUGGUAGAGCUUAGCUUCUCUCGCUCUCUCUGACACACGCAGAGUUCAACAAUACCUAGUUCUUGUCGACGAACCCAAAUCGAAUCGUGUGAUCGUAGCACUUUUGUUUUCAAUCUCAGUCUCACCAAUGCAGGCGAAUUCCAACUCUUCGUCGUCCUUAGGCGAAGACCAAAACCCUAACCCUAACCCUGACCCUAACUCAAUCGAUCGGUCCCUCGACGCAAUCGAAGACCGGUUAGCGUCAAUCUCACUGGCCCAAUCCGAAACCGCGUCGUCCAAUGAAGAACCAUUAAAGGAGGUCGCAAAUGGAUCAAUGAACGAUAACAAUCACGAGGAGAGCACGGUAGCUAAGAUGGAAGAGCAGAGUCGCAGCAAGUUAGUGACGGAAUCGUCCUUUGUUUUUGAGGAGGUUAAGGAGAGCUCGUCGACGGGUGGUUUUACGUGGAGGAAUAAUUCGGAGCUGGAAGUGGAAGAAAAUGGGUCGUCGAGCCCUAGUAGUAGUGGGUAUGCUGGUGGGAGAGGUAGUAGUGGUGGCACUAGUGCAUCUGGGAUUGAGGAGGUUGGUGAGGAUGAUGGUAUUCGUGGUGUUGGAAACGAUGAUUCUAUUAACGGAGUAUCAGACUUGCAGGAGAACUCAUGGGUGCCGGGGAAGCGACAUGUCGAUGAGGAUGAUGCUUCUAUUUCUUGGAGGAAAAGGAAGAAGCACUUCUUUAUUUUGAGUAACUCUGGCAAACCAAUAUAUUCAAGAUAUGGAGAUGAAUACAAGUUAGCAGGAUUUUCGGCAACUUUGCAGGCCAUCAUUUCUUUUGUGGAGAACGGGGGAGAUCGUGUCAAAUUGGUGAGGGCAGGGAAACAUCAGGUGGUUUUUCUUGUAAAAGGGCCAAUUUACUUAGUUUGCAUAAGCUGUACAGAAGAGCCUUAUGAGUCCCUUAGGGGGCAGCUGGAGCUUAUUUAUGGUCAGAUGAUACUUAUCCUUACAAAGUCUGUAAAUAGAUGUUUCGAGAAGAAUCCAAAGUUUGAUAUGACACCUUUGCUUGGAGGAACAGAUGUCGUCUUUUCUUCUCUCAUCCAUUCAUUCAGUUGGAAUCCAGCCACUUUUCUUCAUGCAUACACUUGUCUUCCCCUUGCUUAUGCAACUAGGCAAGCUGCAGGUGCUGUUUUGCAAGAUGUUGCUGAUUCAGGUGUCCUAUUUGCUCUACUGAUGUGCAAACAGAAGGUAAUCAGUCUUGUAGGAGCACAAAAGGCAUCCCUACAUCCUGAUGAUAUGCUGCUACUUUCAAACUUUGUUAUGUCCUCUGAAUCUUUUAGGCAAGUCCCACUAACUUUGGACUUAUAUUUCAUCUUUCCUUCAUCAACCAGGACAUCUGAAUCUUUCUCACCAAUUUGCCUGCCAAGAUAUAAUCCCAUGGCUUUUUUAUAUGCUUAUGUGCAUUAUUUCGAUGUGAGAAUUGCUGUUUUGCUGAUUCCUUCAGGUGAUACAUAUUUGAUGUUGCUUACAACAAGUUCAGAAGCCUUUUAUCAUCUCAAAGAUUGCAGGAUACGUAUUGAAAUGGUUCUCUUGAAGUCCAAUGUUCUAACUGAAGUUCAAAGAUCAUUGGUGGAUGGUGGGAUGCAUGUUGAGGUUUUGCCCAUUGAUUCAUCUCCUAGUUCUGGAUCUUCAUCUCCCCAUUUAGGUCAACUGAGACCUGCAACAGACUCGCCAGAGAGGUUCAGGGAAGCAAUUGUUAGCAUUGGGGGUCCUGCUGGUCUUUGGCAUUUUGUAUAUCGCAGUAUUUAUUUGAACCAAUAUGUAUCUUCUGAAUUUUCAUCACCAAUCCAUGGUCCCCGACAGCAGAAAAGAUUGUAUAGAGCUUACCAAAAGCUUUAUGCAUCCAUGCAUGAUAAAGGAAUUGGACCGCACAAAACUCAGUUUAGAAGGGAUGAAAACUAUGUUUUACUCUGCUGGGUCACCCAGGAUUUUGAACUCUAUGCGGCAUUUGAUCCACUGGCAGACAAGGCUUUGGCGAUAAAGAUUUGCAACCGGGUCUGUCAAUGGGUGAAAGAUGUGGAAAACGAAAUUUUUUUGUUGGGAGCAAGCCCGUUUUCAUGGUGA